AUGCUGCUGGGCCCCUGGCUGCUGGCGGCGGCGGCGGCGGUGGCGGCGGCGGGCGCGGGCUGCCCGGUGCUGUGCAGCUGCCGCGGGCAGGCCGUGGACUGCAGCGGGCAGCGGCUCUUCUCCGUGCCCCCCGAGCUGCCGCUGGACACCGGCAACCUGAGCCUGGCCCACAACCGCAUCGCCAGCAUCCCGCCGGGCUACCUGGGCUGCUACGGGCAGCUGCGCGCCCUCGACCUGCGCAACAACUCCCUGGCGGCGCUGCCGGCCGGGCUGUUCCGCGGCGCCCGGCGCCUGGCGCACCUGGACCUGAGCUACAACAACUUCAGCCUGGUGCCCGCCGACAUGUUCCGCGAGGCCAGCGCGCUGCUGCGCCUCGACCUCAGCCACAACCCGGGGCUGCGCCGCGUCCACCCGCAGGCCUUCCGCGGCCUGGCCCAGCUGCGGGAGCUGGACCUGAGCUACGGCGGCCUGGCCGCCCUCAGCCUCGACGCCCUGGAGGGGCUGCCCGGCCUCGUGGGGCUGCGCCUGGGGGGCAACCCCUGGCUCUGCGGCUGCGCCAUGGAGCCGCUCCUCAAGUGGCUGCGGGGCCGCAUCCAGCGCUGCUCCUCGGAUUCGCAGCAGGCCGAGUGCUGGGCUCCCCCCGAGGUGGCGGGGGCCCCGCUGCUGUCGCUGACGGAGGAGAGCUUCCAGGCCUGCCACCUGACGCUGACCCUCGACGACUAUCUCUUCAUCGCCUUCGUCGGCUUCGUCGUCUCCAUCGCCUCGGUGGCCACCAACUUCCUGCUGGGCAUCACGGCCAACUGCUGCCACCGCUGGAGCAAGGCCAGCGAGGACGAGGACGUUUAGGGACCGCCGCUGCCACCGCCGCCGAUUGACCCCCGCCCCGGCCACCCCCCGGCCCGGCCGCCCCCGCGGGGACACCAGACUGUGCCUUGUCCGCGUCCCCUCCUGCCGCCCCCCGUGCCGGGGUGGCCCUCGAGGCGCCGGGGACACCAGGGGACAGCCCUGCUCCCUUCUGCCCCAAAGUGGGGAGUUUUUGCACCCCCCCAUCACCGUGAGCUUGGACCCCCUCCUGUGCUGUUCCCACUACCCAGGACUGGUUGAGGCAGCGAUUUGGGAAUCCCCUGGGAACCCCCCCCAGCUCUGCCUGGGAGAGACAGAGGACAAAGUGUGUGUGUCUUGGGAACCACAGCCACUCUCCUGGGGGCAUCGAGGAAAUCCCUGCUUUCAGCCCCAAAGCAGCACCGCUGGAGCCCCCCAAAUCCUGCACAUACUCUCCAGCCUCCCCAAAAAUCCAGGGGGCCAGGAAGCAUUGCUGACACUCAGCUCGUCACCACUGUUCCAGGGCGUGCCUGCACCUUGCUGGUGACAUCAGGUUGUGCUGGAACAGCACCGGGACCACCAAGCCUGGCAGUGGGAUGGGCUCUGACAUCUCCAGGGGAUGGAAUCUCCCAAGGAUGGCACCUUCCAGGGACUGCAUCUCCCAGAGAUGACAUCUGCCUCCUCUUCGGGGCCAACCCGGGCACCGGCACUGCCCACCCUGGGGGAGGUCUGGGAGCUGGAAGGAGCUCUAAAAAAGGGCAAAACAAGAAAAAAAAAAGCAAAAAGCAGAAAGCCAACGACCCUCUGUCCAGCCGGGACAGCCAUGUCCCCAGUGCCUGUGUCACCUGUCCCUGGUGUCUGUGUCACCCUGUCACUGUGGGAGCACAUCAGUGGGGAGCGGGGCUGGGGUCACCUGAGGGCUGCUUUGUCCCUUCCCCUGUCCCCCAUGGAGGCUGAGUGCAUGGGGAGGGGGGUUUGGUUUAACCCCAGCCCACCCCAAAAGGGCUCCUGCUGCACCCCAGCCUCAGCACUGCCCCCAGGAAAGGGAACUUGGCCUCUGCCUUCUCUGUUUUGUCUGGGGUUUUAUUAUUUUCCUUUCAGUGAGUCCAAGAACCCCCCUGCUCCACACCCCCUGCACCCCCACAACUCCUGCACCCCAGGAUCAGCCACAUGGGCAUGGAGCAUCCACCUGCAUCCCACCAGCUCCUUCCUCUGCCUCACCUCAUCCUCUUCUUUUUGUAUUUAUAUUUAUGUUUUAUUUUCCUUCUCCUUUGUUUCUCCUUCUCUUUUGUUUCUCCUUGUCUUUUGAUUUCCUUUCCUUUCCUUUCCUUUCCUUUCCUUUCCUUUCCUUUCCUUUCCUUUCCUUUCCUUUCCUUUCCUCCCCUUGUCUUCUUAGACUUUUCUUUUCUUUUCUUUUCUUUUCUUUUCUUUUCUUUUCUUUUCUUU